CCCAUCCCACCCUUCUGCUCCGGGCGGGCGUGGUCCGAGGAAGCGCGCAGCUGCCAGGGCGACGGCAGCACGCUCGUCGCGCGUCAGCGGCUCGUGCCGUUCUUCGAGGUGCGCCCGCGUCUCCUCGAGCGCCGCACAGGCUCGCGGGCCCCACGCCAGCCGCGCCUCGAGCACGCUGGGCGGCACCAGCCGGUCGAGAAGGCGCGGCAGCGUGGUGGGCGGCUGCGGAGACGGCAUCACGGAGCGCGAGGCGUGGUGCGGCCGGGCGUGGCCAUGGGCGCGGCAGCGGGAGAAGUGGAGGUGAGGACGCACGAGUCGCGCUUCGACUUCAGCCGCGCCAGACCGACGAGCGGCGCGCGGCCAACAGCCUGGCACCUUCCUCACGACCCUCAUCUCCCGAUUCUGCCACAGCCAUGGACUGCGCCACUUGCCCGCUCGACACGGCGUCGUCUGCUGCACCUGCAGCGCCGCCAGGCCUGCCAGCGUACCCCUUCACCGCGCCCUUCACGCCCGCCGGGCCGUCGCCGAGCGUCAUCAUCGAGUUCUGCGACCGCUGUCGCUGGCUGCACCGUGCAGCGUGGGUGCAGACAGAGCUGAUGCUCACCUUCACGCCGCGCAUCGGCACCGACGCCGCGCCCACCAAGGCCAGCGGCGGCGCCGAGCUGCACGCCGUCACGCUCGUGCGCCUCACGGCCGACGAGACGGCGGGCCGCUUCCGCGUCUGGCUGAGCUGGGACGGCGGCGUGACGUGCGUCAGCGACCGCAAGGCCGACGGCGAGUUCCCUGAGCUCAAGGUGCUGAAGCAACGCAUCCGCGACAUCAUUGCGCCGUCGUUCUCUCUCGGCCACUCUGACCGCGAUGCGAUGAAGGCAAAGUCUGCUGCGUGAUGGCCGACGCACGGCUCGUGUAGGCGCUCGUCACGCAAGCGGAUCGGCAAGUUGGGAUCAGCCGCCUGCGAGGGCGCAAGCUCCGGUCUCGCUCCGCUACACGGCUGAGACAGCCUGGUGAGACGACGUCCCAGGCUCGCACACAAGGGUGCUGCAAGCAUCUCCUCCGCUGAGCCACGUCCAGCCACGUGACGCCGCGCUCAUCGUCACGCUCACGGGCCAGCGAGUCCGAGCCGCUUACAGCCUGAAGGCCAUGUGCCAGCGAGUCUUGGCAGUCUGCAGGUCGAAGCGAGCAGGAUAGAGCGCACACGGACUAGCAAUAUCAUACCCUCGACAGCAUCUG